GGCCGGCCGGCUGGGCGGCCCAGCGCUGCGGGGGCAGGGGGUUGGUGUCGCGGCUGCCCCUCCGACCGGUCCCGACCCCGACCCCGAUCCCGAUCCCGACCCCGGGGCCGCCUCCGCCAUGGACUUCCGGGACAUUCUCCUGGUGGCGUCGGAGCAGCAGGGGCUCAGCAGCGUCCCGAAAAGGUACAGUUUGGCAGUGGGACCCCCGAAGAGGGACCCGAAGGUGAAGGGCGUUCAGUCGGCGGCAGUGCAGGCCUUCCUGAGGCGGAAAGAGGAGGAGCUCAGGAAAAAAGCUCUGGAGGAGAAAAGGAAAAAGGAAGAGCUGGUGGCCAAGCGCAUCGAGCUGAAACAUGACAAGAAAGCGAGAGCCAUGGCCAAGCGGACCAAGGACAACUUCUACGGCUACAACGGCGUCCCCGUCGAGGAGAGGCCGAAGAAGAGGCAGGCGGAGGAGGGGCCCGGAGAGUACCCGCCGGAGGAGGAAGCGGAGCCCUACGACGACGGGCCCGUCGAGUCGGAGCCCGAGGACUCGGAGGGGUACGAGGAAGAGCCGGAACCCCCCAGGGCCGUCGGCAAGGCGAAGCCCGCUCCCAAAAGCGCCCCGCCCCCCAUGAACUUCUCCGAUCUCCUCCGGCUGGCGGAGAAGAAGCAGUACGAGCCGGUGGAGAUCAAAGUGGUGAAGAAAACCGAGGAGAGGCCCAGGACGGCGGAGGAGCUGCGAGAGAGGGAGUUCUUGGAGCGGAGGAACAAGAGAGGCGACCGGGGGAAGGAAGGCAGGAAGGCCGAGAGAGAGGUCAGGGCCGGGCCCGGGCCGCCCAAGAAAGGACCCUCUCAGAAGGAGGCGCCGCCCCCCAAGGUUGGGAGGGGCCCUGGCGAGAGGCCGUCUGUCGCCCCCUCCUCCUCCUCCUCCUCCUCCAAGAGAAGCCUCCCCCACCCCGCCGCUGGCCCCGAGAGGAAGUCGAGACCGGCGGCCCCCAGCGAGAAGCACACCCGCCCGGCCACCGCCAAGCCCCCGGCCGGGCCCGGCGAGGGCCCCAGACCCGUGCCGGCCGGCGGCCACGGGAAACCUGUGGUCAACGGGGCCGGGAAGGCCCGGCCCGGAAGCGCCCAGGCGCCCCCCGGCCUGACGAAGACCUCUGCCGGCGGGGCCCAGAGGCCGUCCGGCGAGCAAGGACUCAAGAGACCCACUUCCUCCCAGCCGAGUCAUUCCAGGCCCGGGCCCAGCCCCCACAACGGGGCCAAGCUUUCCAGCGGCAAGAGGUCAAGCGGCGGGCCCGGCUCGGCCCCGGGGCGGCCCGACCCGGGCGCCGCCCGGCCGGCGGGAGGCCUGGGUUCCGGCCCCGGGCGGCCCGCCGGCCACUCCGCCCCGGGGUCCGCCCGAUCGAACUCGGGGCCCGGGAGGCCCGGGGGCGGUUCUGGCGGCGGGCCGGGCCGGACCGUCGGCGGCUCGGGCCCCGGCCGGCCGGCCGCCCGGUCGAGCUCCGGCCCGGGGCGGACCGGUAACAGCCCGGGCCCCGGGAGGCCGGCCGGCGGGCUCGGCCCCGGGAGGCCCAACGCGGGUCCCGGGAGGCCGGCCGGCGGGCUCGGCCCCGGGAGGCCCAACGCGGGCCCCGGGAAGCCGGCGAGCGGCUCGGGCCCCGGAAGGCCGGCCGGCGGGCUCGGCCCGGGCCGGCCGAGCUCGGGCCCCAGCAGGCCGGCCGGCGGGCCCGGCCCGGAGAGGACCAACGCGGGCCGGCCGCCCCCCGGCUCCGUCCCCCCGACCAGGCCUCGCUGCACCGUCGUGUCGGAAACCAUCUCCUCCAAGAACAUCGUCGCCCGGCCCGGCCCCGGAAGGAUGAACGGGAUGCGGCUUCCGCCCCCCGGCACCAGGCCCGGGACUCAGUGGCGAGGUCCUCCCGGGCACCCCCUCCCCCACAUCGGCUACAAGCGGCACCGGGAUUUCGAUGACGACGAAGAGGAGUACGACUCGGAAAUGGACGACUUCAUCGACGACGAAGGAGAGCCUCAGGAAGAAAUAUCCAAACACAUCCGAGAAAUCUUUGGCUACGACCGCAAAAAGUACAAAGACGAGAGCGAUUAUGCCUUACGGUACAUGGAGAGCAGCUGGAGAGAGCAGCAGAAGGAGGAAGCCAAGAGUUUGCGGCUUGGGGUGCAAGAGGACCUCGAAGAGAUGAGGCGGGAAGAGGAAGAACUGAAACGCAGAAAAGCCAAGAAGCUGAAGCUCCGUUAGCAGUUUGACCUCCUGAGGGUCCCGAGAGUCUGUUUCCUCCUGCCCCGGCCUCCUGUCUGUCUGUUCUAGUUUCUGUGUGUGUGGUAGAGGAUAAGAGAGGUGGAAGGGAAGAAAGCACUGAGAAAGUAUUUAUUUUUAAUACUUGCCAGGGUUAGGGUUGUGUGGUUUUGUUUCGUUUAAAGAGAAAGUAACUCCGCUGAACGUUUCUGAUGAAUUCCCAAAACGCCAGCCGAUGAGCUAUGCGCUCGGACACAUGGCUGACCACGUGGACCAGGCCAGCUAGCCACUCGGACGUUUAGCUAGUCGGCCCUCAAGGAGACCACUCUGCCCCGACUUGAGGGAGAGGACUGCCCCAGAACUCCCGGGCAACCCAAGUCCCCGAGUUGUUUUCCCCUCCCGGGAAUGACUUCGGUUCCGGGCCUUUCCACCGACGGAGUCGGCGGUGAAGCCACCCGCCCGCUUCCUUGUUCACGGACCAGAGAACCGGGGGAUUCUCUGCGUCAUUUGAAAACGUGGGUGUCGUUCACACCCGUCUGAAGUUUAAAAAUGUAAUCAAAUUACAUUGGGCUCCCGCCGUAAUCCGAAUUGCUCGCUGAGUUUCCUCAGACCCCAAAACGGAGGUCACUGGGGAACGAGAACUCCGGCGGAACUGGAACCAGAGUACAAGUACGCUUCUAGGUUCCAGAAUAUUUCUCUCCCCCACCCCAACUUUUUUCUUGUUCAGAACCGUUCCUGAUUAUCCCACUUCCAAAUACGUUGAGAGAAGUAGAAGUCCCUAUGCAGAGUCAUAUUUUGUCUGAAAAAUCCAUUUUUGUAUUGGAUAUAGUAUAUCGAAAAUAAAGCCGUUAUUUUAUUCAAACGUUAGCCCUGCAAGAUUCAUCUAAAAGUGAUGUGUGGCGUUCAUUUUUUUUUUCUAUUUCCCCCCCCCCCCCCGCCCCAGAGAGAUUUUGGAAAUCCCUUUUCAGUUUUCAAUUUUCAGUGCCUCUUGAUUUUUCACGACUUGGCAUUUAUGAUCUGGAAUCAGACAUAAAUAAAUCAUAAAUAGGCAUAAAUGCUAGUCAUAAUGGCCGAAAACCAAAAAUCCAAAUCGUGUGCGCGUGUGUAUGUAUUUGUGUGCGCGAGUGUGCGUUUCAAGAAUACACCGUCUGCCGUAUUGCACAUUGCAUUGACGCUAUGCACUGUGAAGAGACUCGAUUCGCUCUCCGGAGGCUUCGGCGAGUCUCCCCGACGGAGUGCCGGCUUCUCCUCCCUCCUCGCCCAGCCUUCAUUCCGGCUUCCCUUGACCCGGGUUCUCUGAGCCUCCGCGUGUCGGCGAUACACGGACAGGCCGGUCGGCGCCGCGGAUGACUCGAUCUCGCCGCUGCCCGGAACGCUCCCGGGCGUGGAGAUUGCUGGGGGGCAGCCUCCGGAUUGAGCCGGGAGACCCAGACCGAGGAAGAGGAGGGGGAAACGGAAGCCGCCCGGAAAAGGCAGGGGUCGGAACCCGGCGCAGCGUCUUCCAACCGAGCGUGAAGUUUCUCUGGCCAGGCGGGGAACCCGCCUCAGCGGAACACGUUUUGAUUUCCAGAGGGGUCAGCGGAGGGGGAGUUCAAGAACUGACCGAUCACCGGAGGAAGAAAGAUGGGGCCUCGUUUCCAACUGAAGCGAUCUUCUGCGUCGAUUCCCUCCGUCCCUUAGGCUCCCCUUGCCUGGGGCGUUUAAGGGACACCGCCAGACGGUCGCCGAUAAGGCGACGUUCCAGGUCGGUGGGACCAGGUGAUUCGGGUUCACAAUGCCGAGCGAGACCAAGUCUGUGUCGGCUCCGUUCUUAUUUAGAUAGCCGCGGCCCCCCACUCCUGUGUAUCCACCCGGUGCUUAGAACAGUGCCUGGCACAUAGCAGGAGCUUAACAAAUACCAGUUGUUAUUAUUAAAGCCAGUGACAAAGAGCUUGAGCCUCUCACUCAGAGAGAUUAAGAGAAUCCUGGUUUCACCUCCCAACUCUUCCACUCCUCCGACAGCUUCCGCUUUAUUCUCUCCCUCUCCGGAAACUGGUAUGACUGGCAAAGUCUUCACAAGGCUCCCGAGGUUCUUUGAUUUAAAACGAAACGCCAUCUUCCUGCCGACACGGUGCAUCCUUUUUCGCCGUUUUUUUCCUGGAGUAGAUGGUUUAGAGAUCUAUUUUGAAGUUUCGUGAGCAUUAAAAAAUGAGAACUUUGAAGAUCCGACUGUCGAGGACUUGGUCGCAGGUGACAUUUUUGCGGCUCCUCUCGUGUAGACGACGGGACAAUCCUGAGAAAGCCGGGACCUGUCUUCAGAUCCAGUCUCGCUUCCAAAGCCACGACUGCUGCCCCGUCACAGUUCAUUUUAUUCGUGUCGUCUACGCCCGACGACUCCUUGGGACGUGAGAAACUGGAAGAAUGCCUGCUUAUCCAUACAGGGGAUCCCAUGUUAAGCUAUUGACUUGAAUGAUGUAGAUGAAGACACUUUUGAUUUUUGCAUUUUCUUACUCUGAAGAGGUGCCUUUUUCCUAGGUGACGUUAAUUCGCGGAUGUAGGAAUAAACUAAAAUAGGUGCGGCCUUCUUGAAUAUUCUUGAAUCUUGAUGGUGUGACAGGAAAAGUAGUUUUCAUAAAACCUUUCAAGUGGGGCUUUGACUGCACAAUAGUUACUUGCCUGUGAUGUGGCUAAAUCAGUCCAGGGCGCUCUGUACCGAAGGCCGCUUCCCGGGAUCUCGGUAUCUCUGGCCUCUCCGGGUCUCCCGGCCACUGUAAAUUCAAUUCUGAAGACAGCGGGAGACCGGGAUACUGCACAUCACGGACAGCCUUUAGACUGAGACUCUGCGCUGGGGAGCAGAAAAGCUCCGAGGAGGGAAUCGAAUUGCCCUGAGAAGAGUAAUUUUGAAAGAAGAUUGAAUUUUGUACGUCGACCCCGAGCUUUUGCCCCCAGAAAAUCGAGUUUUUCUUCUGUUCUUGCGUUUUGUAACUCCGAGUGGCUGAGGGGUAUUUCUGAGGGACAGCAGGAGACCAAAACCCACUGGGAAAGAGAGUAAAUAGACGAAGAGAGGCUGGUGUGUUAUUUACCAAGCGACGAAUGUAUCCGAAUGCUAUUUAUUUGGUGAGUGGACGCGAUGCAAUAUUAAAAGUGGCAUUGUGGGGGAGGGAGGGGCGUUCCAGAUACGGCCUAUGCCUUAGGGAUGAACGUUUGUACAAUUCAUUGUGUCUUUUCACACAAUGGGACAAAUCAGGUAAAACCUCGACGUAGCUUAGCGGCUUUCUGGUGCUGUUGCGAGUACGUGCGACGAGAAGAUUUCCUCUCGCGUGUGCGGAGAACAGGUGAAACUUUUGACAGUUCUGUAUACAGUACAAUAAAACCGGCAUUAAAAUGCUUUAUUACUUUUCA